UUACGCUUCUGGCGUUUGAGUUUGAUACAGGAUCAGGAAAACAGAAUGGCUCUAUUGGUUCUAUCGUUGACUAUUCUGUCAUUGGCUAUGACAUCUGCCAUGGAUAUUCCUGCAGGAUACAUCCUGGAUGUUAAACCAGUUUGUGGAAGCUCUGUCAGAGCUAGACCUAUUGUAAAAAUCUUGACAGACUUAAAUAUUCGAGCUGUAGCUAGAUGUGCUAAUGGAGAUCUGAAUUUUACCAAAUAUGAUGCGGCUAAUUAUGAACUUGUUGGUAGUUAUGUACAUAGUUCCAGAGGAUGUCUGUUUACAAAUCACAAAGGAACAUAUAAAUUAGAUGUAGCUAUAAUAUAUGGUUUACCAGGAUCUGGUUUAUUAUCUAAUGAACAAGUUUAUACUGUAUCAUGUUCUUUCAAUUCUAAAGCUAAAAUCUCGGCUUCUCGUCAUCAAGUAGUCGGAGGUUUGGUGUCUCCCCAUGAAAAGUUAUAUAACGUAGGAACAUCUGUAUCCAGUUCGUAUAUUACAUUAAAUGUACAAGAUAUAAGACGUAAUACUAUAUCUACUAGUAUACCUAUUGAUAAAGUUAUUACCUUAUAUGCUGUAUCUCUAGGCACACUUAAAGAAAUCGGACUUAGGGCCGUGUCUUGUUAUGGUAUUGGUGCCACCAACAAAAAGAGAUACGCCAUUUUGAGAGCUGGUUGUGGUGACGGUCAAGUUAUACCUCACAAUACAGGUUUUAUAACUAAUGGUAGAACGACAAGAAGUCCCUACUUUAAAUCUUUCUAUGUUGAAGGUGAUAAACUUGUAUCGUAUGAAUGUACUUUUCAACUAUGUACAGGCAGCUGCAAUGGGAGCUCGUGUUCAGUUGGUAAAAACCUCGUAAAAGGUAUAGGGAUAUCCUGUCUGCAUAUUCCUGAAGCAAUUGCCCGAGAAUCCCUCUGGCCACUGCUGGAUUGGCCUCUGAUACUUGAGUGUGUUACGUUUAUUUUCACCAGGAGAAGUGUACGUCAACCGACAACACUGCAAGAAUUGGCCGUGGCAGUGCAAGGGGAGUGGGUCAGAUUGUCCCAAAUCUUGAUUGGAUCGUUGAUUAAGAGCUUGCCACGACGAAUUGCUGAAUGUCUGAGGAUUGGUGGAGCAAUUACUAAUUAAGACAAAUCAGUCCAUUUUCACUUUUGACGGUGUGUCUCUUUGCCGCCCAUUUGAACUGUCCAAGUCUAGGCAAUUGGCCUGUUAACAUACACUGGUUACCUCUAAUAAAAACUGCAGUGCA